AUGGGAGUAAAGACAGUGACAAGCCAUUCCAAGUAUCUAGGUUUACCAGUUGUUUUUCGGAGAUCUAAGAAAGAAGUGAUUGCUCAAGUGGUUGAGAGAGUUUGGAAGAAAAUAAAGGGGUGGAAGGAGAAAUUUCUCUCAAAGGCGAAGAAGGAAGUCUUCAUAAAAGCUGUGGCACAAGUAAUUCCAAGUUACAUAAUGAGUUUCUACAAAAUACCCGAAUCUAUCUGUCAUGAAAUUGAGUCGAUGUUGGCCAAGUUUUGGUGGGGUUCGAAGAAUGGGGAGAGGAAGCUGCAUUGGAUGAGUAGGGGAAAAAUGGAAAAGGAAAAAAAUAUAGGAGGUUUGGGUUUCGAGGUCAUUAGUGAGUUUAAUACAAGCCUCAUUGGGAAGCAAUACCGAUGUUUGUUAACUGGUCCCUAUUCUCUUGUUGGGAGAGUCCUAAAUGGGAGAUACUACCCUAGGUAUUCUAUUGAUAGCAGUACCACGGGAUACUCACCUAGCUACUCAUGGAGGAACAUCAUAAGCUCUAGGGAUCUUAUUCAGAAGGGUGCUUGUUGGAGGAUAGGUAAUGGUGAGAAAGUCUCAAGUUUUUAG